UUGGAAAAACCCAAUUUUAUCAGCAAGAAAAGCCAAUUGAUUGAACAUUCUGCAAUCAACCUACUGAAAUUCAACUAAAUUUUCAUUCAAACGAUUUAUACUGGGAAGUGUGCCAAAAUGUCGCCAACAUUCCGAAAAGUUGCAGUGUUGCUAGUGAUAGUGUUGAUCUUAGCCGCUGAUUGUGAUGCAAAGCGUAAACGUAGCAAAAAAUUCCAGAGCAAAACGAUGGGAGUGAGCAAAUCACCGGUCGCCAAAGAAUUGGAAUUGCGUGAGACAAACCCACCGAAUUUCUUGCGACUGUUAGUCAUGCGACUGAUUUAUGGCAUUGCGGUGCAGAUGAACCUGGAAGAACGGGUGGCUGGAUGGUUUAACGGUGCAUUUGUACCGCCCAACGCCGAUUACGAUGACUAUGGAUUUGGCGGCGGUCUCGAUGACCUGGACGCUGGAGAUAUUUUUGAUGCGAAGUAAUCCGAGUCAUCGGUUUAAGCUAGUUUUUAGUGCUAUUUAUUUAUUUAUUUGAAUACUAAUUGAACGUUGAAGUGAGAACAAACCAGUGAAAACAACGAAGAAACGUUUGAAAAAAUUAAUAGCUCUUCAUUUGGUGUGUUGCUGAC